AUGAAAAGCAGAGGGGCGUCAUUACGGAGUAUAGUGCUAAUUAUAUUGGCAGGAUCCAGUGUAAUACUAGAAAGAUAUGGGGUUAUCUCACAACCGAUAUGUCCAAAUGGGGGACCAAACUGCCAGAUCUCCACUGGAGCGCUCUUUGAUCGUGCUGUGAAGCUUUCACAUUAUAUACAUUCGCUUUCUUCAGACAUGUUCAAUGAAUUUGAUGAAAGAUUUACCCCAGGUCGUAGGUUUCUUGCAAAAUCUAGAAUGAGUUGCCAUACUUCUUCGCUAAAUACCCCUGAAGACAAAGAGCAAGCACAGCAAAUACAACAUGAAGAUCUGCUGAGCUUAGUGUUGAAGGUUCUGAGAUCCUGGAAUGAUCCCUUGCUUCACAUGGUUUCUGAAGUUCAAGACAUACAGGAAGCACCAGACACUAUUCUCUGGAAAGCUGUAGAGAUAGAAGAGCAAACCAAACGCCUCCUUGAAGGAAUGGAAAGGAUUGUUGGAAGGAUUCAUCCAGGUGAUUUAGAAAAUGAAAUCUACUCCCCAUGGCCGGGUCCAUCAGCUGCCAUACCAGGAGAUGAAAACUCACGUCUGUUUGCUUUCUACCACCUCCUACAUUGCCUGCGUAGGGAUUCACAUAAAAUCGAUAAUUAUUUGAAGCUUUUAAAAUGCCGUCUUAUACAUGAUGGUAACUGUUAA